AUGGCUCUGCACAGGCUGUGCCGGGGCGCCGCGGCGCUCGGCUGCAGGAGGAGCUCCGGCCUGCAGGGCCAGCUGCCGGGAGAACUGGUGGAGGCCCUGCGAGCCGUGGUGGGGAGCCCGAACGUGUCCACAGCCCUGGCUGUCCGGGAGCAGCACGGGAGGGAUGAAUCCAUGCACAGGUGCAGCCCGCCGGACGCCGUGGUCUGGCCGCAGGACGUGGAACAGGUCAGCAAGCUGGCGGGAAUCUGCUACAGUCACGGUGUCCCCAUCAUCCCCUUCAGCACCGGCACGGGCCUGGAAGGCGGCAUCACGGCAGUGAGAGGCGGCGUGUGCUUUAACCUGGCCCGAAUGGAUCGCAUCACAGCGCUCAGCACUGAGGACUUCACUGUGGCUGUGGAGCCGGGGGUGACCCGCAAAGCGCUCAACAGUUACCUGCGGGACACUGGCCUCUGGUUCCCUGUCGACCCUGGCGCCGAUGCCUCCCUGUGCGGCAUGGCGGCCACCAGCGCCUCAGGCACCAAUGCCGUGCGCUACGGCACCAUGCGCCACAACGUGCUCAACCUGCAGGUGGUGCUGGCCGAUGGCAGGGUGCUGCACACGGCCGGCCGGGGCCGCCACUUCAGGUACCGGGGGCUGCGGCUCAGGGGUGGGGGGCACCAGGGGACUCCUGCCCUGAGAUCUCAUCCCAGCCCCUUCUCGCCCUGCUGCAGGAAGAGCGCUGCUGGCUACAACCUGACUGGGCUGUUUGUGGGCUCUGAGGGGACGCUUGGCCUCAUCACCCAGGCUACGCUGCGUCUCCAUGGCAGCCCUGAGGCCAUGGUGGCGGCCGUGUGCGCCUUCCCCAGCGUGCAUGCGGCGGUGGGCUGCACGGUGCAAGUGCUGCAGGCCGGUAUCCCUGUGGCCCGGAUUGAGUUCCUGGACGAUGUUAUGAUGGCUGCCUGUAAUCGGUUCAGCGGCCUGAGCUACACCGUGUCCCCCACACUCUUCCUGGAGUUCCACGGCUCGCCCGGCAGCGUGGAGGAGCAGGUCCGGCAGGCAGGGGAGAUCGUGCAGCUGAAUGGUGGCUCGGACUUUGCCUGGGCCCGGGAGCCGGAGGCGAGGAACAAGCUGUGGGCUGCUCGGCACAAUGCCUGGUAUGCGGCCUUGGCCCUGCGCCCUGGGAGCAAGGGCUACUCCACAGACGUGUGCGUCCCCAUCUCCCGGCUGCCCCACAUCGUGGGAGAGACCCACAGAGACCUGCAGGAGUCAGGGCUCACAGGCCUGAUAGUUGGGCACGUGGGUGACGGGAACUUUCACUGCAUCUUGGUGUUCGACCCGGCCGACCUGGACGAGAUCCAGCGUGUCAAGGAGUUUGCAACCCGACUGGCCAGACAGGCCCUGGCCCUGGACGGAACCUGUACAGGCGAGCAUGGCAUCGGGCUGGGCAAGCGCCAUCUGCUGCGGGAGGAGAUUGGGGAGCUGGGACUGACCAUCAUGAGGCAGAUCAAGGCCAUGCUGGACCCCAAGAACGUCAUGAACCCCGGGAAGGUGCUGUGAGGGGCAUCUCCCACCCCUGCCCAGCCAGCCCAGAGCACCCAGCACUGGGAAGGCAGGUUCCCUCCCAGGCCGGCAGCUGUCCCUCCCCCUCCCCAUGCAGACAGCGACUCGGCGCAGAGGCGAAGGGGGAGCCCCCAAGUCUCGGCCCUUGAGCCCAGUGGAUUGUUUGUGCUACAGGAAGGAGGGACUGGAAGCAGUAGAAGGCAGCAGGCUUAAUGUCAGCAAACUCCUCCUUGCCCCCUUGCCUCUCCUGGCCCUGGGCUCCCCCCCCAGAUCUGCUACUGCCCCCCUUCACCUCUCCCAGCCCUGGGCUUCCUGUUCACCUCUGCCUCACCCACCCCCCGCCUCUCUCCACACUACGACUCCCCAGCUCCCCCCACCACCUCUCCCAGCCCUGUGACUCCCCCUAGCUUUGCUAUUGCCCCCGCUUCAUGUCUUCCAGCCCCACGCUUCCCAGCCUCAGCUCUCCCUCAGCCCCCCUGCCUCUCCCAGCCCUAGGACCCCCACCCCAGCUUUGCGAGUGGCCUUAUGACAAUGUAGGGAAUUUUCUUAACAGUUUGUAUGAAUACUGUGUGGGCCUCAGUUUCCCUUGUGUGCAGCUAUUUAACCAGGGGAUGGGCAAGGGGGGUUGGUGUUGCAGAGGCCCAAGUGUGACCCCGCCUAGCAGCCUGGCCUGUGCUGUGUAACAGGGCCACUGAUGCCCAACGUGGACCCCACCGGGUCCGACCAGCGGGAGAGCAAAGGACUGGAGAGGGCUGAGGGGAGGUGUGUGUCUCAAACAAAGACCAAGGACGGAAGAGGGGCCUUUGGGGAGGUGGUAGAGGAGGGUCGGCUGGAAGAACAAAGAGGGAGCUGGGCCUGGGCCCGCUUGGACUCGGCCAGACCCAGUUGGACUGUGCGGUAACUUCCUACUCUGUGAUGGGAACUCACGGGGUGAGGCUGUGGGCUGGCGGUGGAGGCAAAGGGCUCACCCCAGGGAUGGAUGGAGGACUGGGAGAGCACCGGGGCUGUGCUUGUGUGACACCCCUCAGCCCACAGCCCCCUGCUUGGCCCAGCCUUGGGCUAGGCCCCCCCCCCCCAUUCUGCCAGCACCUCUCCCAUGAGAGGAAAAUGCACCCUGCACAGCAGAGCCGUGGCUCUGGCUAACGGAAAUCCAGGCCCCACCCAAAGCCAGAUGUAAAGCUCUCGCUGUGGGUGGAGUGACCUCCUGCCCUGGGGCAGAGGCAAGAGGCUGGGGUGGGGAAGGGUAUUCCCCUCAAUCCUCAGUCAAUAAACUCACCUUCUGCAAAGCAGGUCCCCAAACCUGGCAGUGCCCAGGGCCCACCGCCACCCUCCCCGCUGCCCAGCAGGGUGGUGGCAAGGGCUGCAGACGGCACCUGGAGCCCAGCAUGGCUUUAUGCUUCUCUGGCAUCCGGCCUGGCCCAGCGUGGCAGCCACUGUGCCAGCUUCACAUGGCAGGGGCUGUAGCACCUCAGCCCUGCCCACCGCAGCUCCCCCAGUGCGAAGCUCCAGCCAGGCAAGGGCAGGGAGCAGGGCUUGCUGGGCAGGCACAGGGCUGGGGGGGCACGUGCAACAUGCUGUUCAUGGGGCCUGCUGGGCAUGGAAAUUGGCCCCUCUCCAGGCUAUGGGGGCCCCUGUAGCCUGGCCACCCCAGGGCUCUGCUCAGAGCACAGCCUCGGGGCAAGCCCCCCGUGCAGCCUGCGGCUUGUAGCAAAUGUGGGAAUUGUUUGUAAUACACCUUUAAAGCCCGUCCCGCCUGCCCCAGCCUCCAGCACUGCCCAGCAGAGAGGACACCACCACCCUUGGCAGCUGUACCUGCUGUCUGGGCCGGGCAGGAGCUGCAGGUGCCACAUGGCCUUCACCACCACCUGUGCCUGGCCCACUGGGGCACUAGCAUAGCAUGGCUCAGCUGGGCCCCCUACCCUGCUCCCCAAGAAUCAUAGAAUCAUAGAAUCUCAGGGUUGGAAGGGACCUCAGGAGGUCAUCUAGUCCAACCCCCUGCUCAAAGCAGGACCAAACCCAACUAAAUCAUCCC